CAUAGCUUUAAGUACCUUGUCCCCAAGAUGUGAGAGUUCUAUAGCUUCAGCGACUUGAUCAAUUAAGCAAACAUGCCUUCAAUUAAUUCAGCAGUCUUUCACUCCUAUGCCUACGGCACAGCGUUCUGGUAUGGUCUCCGAGGAGCCUGCCGUGUUUACGACCCAUUGAUGGUCGUCGGCUGGUUCCGACCUCCCUCCCAAGCCAACCUUGCCGCAAAUGACCUCGAACUCUACAACGUCCGCAACGAUGGCUGGUGUCUCAUCACCCUCGCUCUGAUCCUUGUCUCCUUCACCAACGCCGUCCCUCUGUCCCCAGCCCCUAAAGCGAUCCACAGUGCUGAUGCACCUAAAGCAUUGAAGUCGAACAGGAGCAAUGGGGCUCUACCAUACGCAAAGGCUGUCAUUGCUGCGACUGUGUUCCACCACAUCACAACCGGCAUUGGGGCGUACCAGCACUACAAGCUUGAUAGCCACUACAACACCAGCAUGGGUAUCGGUGUUUGGGGCAAUGUGUGGUUGACACUGACGGGCUUGUUCACGCUCGUUUAUCUGCAGAGCGGGAAGGGAGAUGAGGGUGUUGAAGAGAUUGUUAAGAAGGCCAAAUAAGCUUGGAUAGCAAGCAUCCACAAUCGGAUGAAAUUGCGCUUCGAAGAGAGAUGACUACUGCUGCUUCCGUAGCUGUGACUUCUUGGAGAUUGUGUUGAACAGAGAGAAAGAGUGAGAUUCAUGUUCUAUCUAAGAGCGGGGAGGGGGGGGGUUGCCUAUUAUAUAGGCAAGAGACCAGCACGAGCAUGUUGGCGCUGGUGAGGAGUGAGUGAAGAAGUAUGCGUCACGUGGCAGGAAUACCAAACAACAGAUUGCCCAUAUACCCAGGGUAUGCACAUUGCUUGCAUCUAGGAAGAGUGCCUUAUGUUCAUAGAGGUUUACAUACCUUAUGUAUAUAACCUUGAUAACGCUACAAAAGUACAAAUGCAUGCAAACUCGAGAAC